AUGGACCGCAAGCGGCUUAAUUGUGUAGAAUCACUGCGUCUAGCAGAUUCAGCCUUCGACAAACCGGGUCGAAUUGAUUUAAUCCUCGGGAGCGAUGUGUUUUGGUCUAUCAUGGAUAGUGGCAAAGUGAUGCGUGAAUCCGGCCUACCAGUAGCGAUUAACUCUUCUUUCGGUUGGAUCGGUGUUAGCAUGGACGUAGACAUCGACAAACCUCUUCGAAAAUUCUGGGAGGUCGAGGAGAUUAAUAAACCAAAACCAUUAACAUUCGACGAGCAGAAUGCAAUCGAUUUCUUUCAAACGACUCACCUACGCGAUGAGACUGGUAGAUUCACAGUUCGGCUACCAUUCGGUAGCAACAAACCUGCACUGGGUGAACCUCUAUCAGCGGCAACUCAACGGCUCAAGGCUAUGGAAAGGAAGUUCACUCGUGAUCCAACUUUCAAACGAAUGUACUGUGAAUUUAUGGCCGAGUACCAGAAUCUUGAUCAUAGGGAGUCAAUUCCGCCAGCAGAAGUUAACAAGCUACCGGAGGAGGUGUUUUAUUUUCCGCAUUACGCUCUAGUUACGUCCCUCGGUUCGUCGUCAAAACAAUACGGCAAGCGUGCGUGUGGCAUUGGUCCACCACCCGGUCAGACGACCUACCACCUCAAAGCGGCGACCUCGUUGAGGGAAAACAACCGGCUGCAGAGCAUACAUUCAUCAUUAGCAGUAGCGGUACGCGCUGCACCUUAA